AUGGCAGCCUCCACGUUUAAUCUGGAGCAGACAACUAUCAGCUCCAUCAGGUCUCUGCCUCCCGACACUUACCUCAUCCAUGCCACAAACUGCAUCGCAGAAUGGGGAGCCGGUAUCGCAGCUGAGCUUGCUCUCGUUUUCCCAGCCGCAUACACAGAGUACAAGAGAUUUUGCAUUGCCGCCAAGACCGAAGCAUCAGCACCGUGGCCACCACAAACUCUCGGUGGGCGAUGCCUCAUUAUCCCCCCACAACACGCAGAUGUAGCGGCUGGUGCCCCGCGCAUCCACAUUGUCUGUGUCUUCACAAGCUAUGGCUACGGACGACCGAAUAAUAAAACUGGGAAGCCGGGGAAGGACAACAUUGGCAAGAUUUUGGUUCAGACGUUGAGCUCCCUCAAGGAGCUAAGAGUGCAGCUGGAGGCAAAAAGUGAUAUUGUAAUCUACUCACCAAUGUUCAAUUCGGGCGCUUUUCAGGUGCCGUGGGAGAAAACAACAGCUUUGAUUGACAAGGCUUUCACAGGCUGGGGUGGCCGUUGGCUGGUUAUGGAACCACCAUUGAAAUGA